AUGGACGCCACGCAGAACGCGCCCGGCUCCCUGAGCUGGCGCCUGAGCUCGCAUCCCAUCACGCUGCUCACCUUUUUGGGCUUCAGGAUAUCAAGCGUAUUGAUUUACUUUCUCGGCCUCUGGGUCAUCAAGAGCAUGAUCAUGAUCUUCAUCAUCACCAUCCUCCUCCUCGCCGCCGACUUCUACUACCUCAAGAACAUCGCGGGCCGGCGCCUCGUCGGCCUGCGCUGGUGGAACGAGGUGGACCCCCAGACGGGCGACUCCAAGUGGGUGUUUGAGAGCAGCGACCCGGCCGUCAAGCAGGUCAACGCCACCGACAGCCGCUUCUUCUGGCUCGCCCUCUACGUCCAGCCCGUGCUGUGGGUCGUCAUGGCCAUCCUCGCCCUCGUGCGCCUGCAGUUCCUGUGGCUUCCUCUUGUCGUCAUCGCCCUCGUCCUGACCAUCAUGAACACGCUCGCCUUCUCCCGCUGCGACAAGUUCAGCCAGGCCUCCAACCUCGCCGGCAGCGCCCUCGGCACCACCAACCUCGCCGGCAGCAUCGCCAGCAACAUGGUCGGCCGCUGGUUCACGCGCAACUAA